CACAAGUUGAAAGGUGGCACAGCAGAGAGAGAUCUCCCACCUUCGUUGGUACGGUCAUCUUUACCACCUCAGGUUGGGAGACUAGAGAAGCAAAAGUGAGGACUUCUGCACCCUUACACAAAUUUUGCCUCCUGACAACACCUGUCCUAAGACCAUCAGUACCUAUUUCUGCCCAGAGGACCAAUCAUGGCUGGAAGAGGCGGCAGAGGGAGGGGCCGCGGUGGUCACAUGACCUUCAACGUUGAAGCUGUGGGCAUCGGAAAGGGGGAGGCUCUGCCCCCACCCACCCUCCAGCCAUCCCCACUGUUUCCUCCCUUGGAGUAUAAACCUGUUCCACUGCAAACGGGAGAGGAGGUUGAAUACAUGUUGGCCCUGAAGCAAGAACUGAGGGGUGCUAUGAAGAACCUGCCGUACUUCAUCAAGCCUUCUGCACCAAAGAAAGAUGUGGAACGCUAUUCCGACAAGUAUCAGAUGUCCACCCCUGUCGACAAUGCCAUUGAGUGGAGUCCUGAUUGGAAACAGCUACCCCAAGAAUUAAAGAUCCGGGUGCGGAAGAUUAAAAAGCAGAGAGCCACCGUCCUUACCCCCAGGCGCAAAACUCAGUUGCCAGUAGACAAAGAAGAAGCCAUCAAGAAGCUGGAGACUUUGGAAAAGAAAGAGGAGGAGGUGACGUCUGAAGAGGAAGAGGAGAAAGAAGAGGGAGAAGAAGGGAAGGAAGAGGAGGAGGAGGAGUACGACGAGGAAGAAUUUGAGGAGGAGACGGAUUACAUCAUGUCCUACUUUGACAACGGUGAAGAUUUCGGGGGCGACAGCGACGACAACAUAGACGAAGCCAUAUACUGAAGGGGGCGGCCCACCUGGUUUGCAAACAGGGAGGUGCAUCUCACAAGCGCCCCAAACAUCUCUCCCCCACUGAGUAGCCUUUUCUGCCACCCCUUUGGGGUCCUUGGAUGGACAGGCUGUCUCGCAUAGGAUGGGCUCCUGCUUUCUUUCUUUCUGUGGGGCCCCUUUCACAAGCGGAACCUGCCGGAACGUCUGCUCAUUCGGCCUCUAGGUGGCAUCGCUGAUCCAUUCUUCCCUGGGUGCUCCUUGUGUGUGUCUGUGUGGGCACCUGUUGACGUAACCAGCACAGUAUCGUUGGAUCUUCGGCUUCCUCCAUUUUCUUCUGAAAAAUGUGGGUUCCCUUGGGUUUAAUAGGAGAACGUGUGAACUCCUGACACACCUGGCUUUCUUUCCUGAGCUUAGGAAGCUAAUGGAAUCCUUCCAGAAGACACUGAAAGGGACUUUUAUCUGUGGUGUUAAUUCACAGCAAAAACCAUUCCUCUACUUUGAUCUUCUCUUUUGUAAUGACACCUUGCAUUUGUUUUUCCUCUUGUGCGGAAGGCAGUGCCAAACAGAUGCCAAAGAUACAGAUUUUUUUCUUCGGGAAGUACUUUAACGAGAUGGUUUUAAAUUCCACUUUUGACUUCGUGAAGCCCUGUUGAAGAUGAAGGGGACGGAUAGGAGGCAAAGGAGAUAGCCAGCCUCUUCGAAGAGUUGCCAAGAAUCUCCCACAAUCCUCUGGAGCCUGUAACUGGUGAAGGGACACAGUCCCUGUUUGGUGGAAUGCCAAUGCAUAGAAAUUCCCACUCUGAGAUGUACAAAACCUGAUUUUUAACUUUUAUU